CAGGAAAUGACCACAAGCUGGUCUCGCACGAUCUUUCUGGACAAUCACUUGUUCCCAUUUUUUGCUUCUGUCACUCGUUUCAUCAAAAUGCAUUAGUCUAUUCUUUGCGUACACCUGUAUUGACUUGUUCUUCUGCCAGGCAUUGCCUGAGCCUCACUUUCUGACCAAAUUUCUCGGACCUGCUAAUCCGAAUGAGAUUGGCCAACUGACGACAUUUUGACCUCCCUUACACUGCGUGCCGAUUCCGUGGUCUGCGUCUCUUGACAGGUCGGGACGGCUCGGGAUGAGCCCAUCGCUUGAAUGUCCCACCAGUUCCACAUCGCCGGCGCGAGCCACGCUCUCCUCGACCCAUGGUCUCAAGGAGCUGGCGUGGUGAGGGACGUCCUCACUCGGUGGUCCGAGCUCGACAUCACUCAAAUUGGCUCCCUGGUUGCCAUAGCCGGCACCCUUCCUACGGCUUGGAGACUGAUGCAAUCUACCUGGCGGGAGGCGUAUAGUUGUGUUCGGCACUUUUUUCUCGCCUCUGUCACGAUUCCGGGCGGUGACCCGGUCAACCGGAGCGUCGUGAAAUGGAUCCUCUCCAACCGGCGCCAGCAUUGUCGUUCCUUCACCGGCCGUACCGAGGUUACACGCACCAACCCAGACCGUGCUGCAGCUCUGAAGAAGACGCGCCAUACCGUUCAGUACUGUCCUCACUGGAACAGACGGUGGCUCUGGUUCGGAGGCAACCUUUUGGUCGUCACUCGUGCCUUUGGAGAUUUCAAUUCUUCGCUAUCGGACCCCAGCUACGAUGGCAUCGGAGGCGAGGACCUGACCAUCAGCUGCUUUGGGUUGUCGGCGCAUCCCGUCCAGAAUUUCAUCGAGGCCUGCCGUGACUACGCCGAUAGGCAGACACAAUACUUCGUCAUCAUCUACUCCCGCGACCGUUAUGGCAUGUCAUGGAAACCUAAAGCCCGCAAGCCCCUCCGCCACCUCGACACCGUGCACUUUGACCCCGGCGUGAAGCAGGAGUUGCUUGCUGAUAUCCGGAACUACCUGGAUCCGAAGACCCAGAUGCGCUAUCAAAGUCGGAGUAUGCCGUACCGGAGAGGCUACCUCUUUUACGGCCCACCUGGAACCGGCAAGUCCUCGCUUUCUGUGGCAAUUGCUGGAGAGUUUGGUUUGGAUCUCUACGAGGUUAAGAUCCCCAGUGUGGCAACUGAUGCCGAUCUGGAGCAGAUGUUCCAGGAGAUUCCGCCGCGAUGCGUGGUUCUUCUUGAAGACAUCGAUGCCGUAUGGGUGGAGCGUUCAAGCAACCCCGAAAAGAUCAGCAACUGCAAUGGACGCGCACAUUCACCGGAGAGCAGAAAUGUGCCCAAUUGCACUCUCUCCGGACUGCUGAAUGUUUUGGAUGGUGUUGGAUCACAGGAGGGCCGUAUUGUCAUCAUGACUACCAACCGACCUGAGCAACUCGAUAGUGCCUUGAUUCGUCCCGGCCGCGUCGACAUGAAGGUCCUCCUGGGCAACAUUAGCCCGAAGUCAGCGGCGGACAUGUUCGUAAGGAUGUUCUCCCCGGACCUAGGGUGUUGUUGUUGUUGUUGUUGUAUUUAACGCCGUGGCGGCCGGGCUAGAGCCCUUACCGCAGACCUCCCGAAGGGUAUAUGGCGU